ACAACAAAAUCAAAAUUCCUUCUAACCAUCUAACGAAGUGUUUAUUUUUUUUAUAAUCUGAUAUUUAAAUUCUUAUUGAUACUUUAUUAAAACAACUACUCGUGAUCUUUUAUUUAUUUAUGAUCACAAAAAAACCAAUAUAGGAAUCAACAAUAAAGUAAAGAAGAAUAUAAAGGCCAAGUUCAUCAAAGCAUGGAUUAUCAGAAUGAGCAUGAGAAUUGUUGUUUUUACCACGUGUUCCGCACGUUUGUCUGCGUGGUUCUGUCGCUUCUGCUGGGACUGCAAGUGUACACAUAUUUCGUGGGCCCUCAAGACGCGCUGGAAGGAGACUUUACGGACAUUAAAUAUAUGGUCAUACAACUUACCAAAGGCUUGACAGAGGUGAAUCGCAAGCACGAGACAUUGAAAAGAGAAAUGGAGCGUAUUUCAGAGUCGUUACCCGCGGUGGCAGCGGCGGCCGGACGCGCCAAGGAUGCUCUGGAGCCCUCCCGACGAGGCGUACGACAUCCACUCGAUUUACACGACUACGACCGCCAGAUGGCGGACUACGCGCUAGAAACAGCAGGCGCUCGUAUAGUAGACACUGGAGAAACUUUAGAGCAUAUCGUAUACGAUUCGCCAGUCAGCUGGGUGCUGCACAUGAUCAGCUCAGCGCUUUGCCGCGACUGUCCCGGAGCCAGCAGCAUCAUCCGGCCCGGGACCUUGCCGGGAGAGUGCUGGGCCUUCAGGGGAUCAAGAGGAGAGGCUACCAUUAGGUUACUCGGAACUGUCCAUGUGCAUGGAGUGAGCCUUGAACAUAUACCACCCCAUAUUUCACCUACCAGGGAAAUAUCAUCAGCACCUCGAUCAUUCCAACUUGAAGGACUGGAGUUCCGCGGGGAUCCCUACGGACACGACUUCGGCAUAUUCGAAUACAACAAAGACGGAAAACCUGUUCAGUAUUUUGAAGUUUUGCAUCCAUCGUCGAAAGGAUUCAGUCUGGUUCGUUUGAAAAUAUACACAAACUGGGGGCAUUCUGUUUACACAUGCGUAUAUCGUGUGAGAAUUCACGGAGAGUUGGUAUCAGACCAGUCGCGGCCUACGUCUUUACCAAUGAAGGACGAUGGUUUGCGAAUUGAAAAUGAGUAGAUAGGUUCAUAGGAGCCAUAAGGGUAAAGGCACAUUAGCGCAAAGACAAAGCAAUACAAUGCAUCUUUUCUAAAAUGUUACAAUUUGCAAAGCAUAUUUACUGGGACUUAAUUUCCGCAACGCAUCUAAUGUAGGUACUUCUACCUGGUGGAGUUUUCCUGGAGAAUUGUCCGUGAGCAGGACAUCCGAUGCGCACAUACCUAUACCUAUUUUUCUUUUGUUUCGCACUGAUUAGUAAUUAGUAUAAGUAGGUACAUUAGUAAUUAGAUAGUGAAGAAAAGUUCACUUAAAUAUUUCGCUUCAGAUCUGUGCCAAUAUGCCAUGAGCCUAUGAAUAACACUUUAUUAUUAGGGGUU